AUGUCUUCUCGGCCUGACCUGAAGGUCGACGACGAAGUCGGUUUCAUUCGUUUCUACCGCUCUCUCCCCGAAUCAGACAACAAUGAGACAAUCCGUGUCUUCGAUCGCGGAGACUGGUACUCCUCCCACGGUGCCGAUGCAGAAUUCAUCGCCCGUACGGUAUACAAGACGACCUCGGUGCUCCGGAACCUGGGCCGCAGUGAGACCGCCGGUCUUCCAUCCGUCACCAUGAGCGUCACCGUGUUCCGCAACUUCCUCCGCGAAGCCCUGUUCCGCCUCAACAAGCGCAUUGAGAUCUGGGCCUCUGGCGGCACCGGCAAGGGCAACUGGAAGCUGGCGAAGCAGGCCAGCCCAGGAAACCUGCAGGACGUGGAAGAGGAGCUGGGCAGUGUUGGCGCGUUGUCCAUGGAUUCGGCGCCGGUUAUCUUGGCUGUAAAGAUUUCUGCCCGCGCCGCGGAGGCCCGUAACGUCGGCGUGUGCUUUGCGGACGCAAGCGUGCGCGAGCUCGGCGUCAGCGAGUUCCUCGACAACGACGUUUACUCCAACUUCGAAUCGCUGGUCAUUCAGCUCGGCGUAAAGGAGUGUCUGGUGCAGAUGGACUCGACCCGCAAGGAUGUUGAGCUGGGCAAGAUCCGCGCUAUUGCGGACAGUUGUGGCAUCGCGAUCUCGGAGCGGCCCGCGGCAGACUUCGGCGUGCGUGAUAUCGACCAGGAUCUCACGCGGCUGCUGCGUGAUGAGCGCUCUGUGGGCACCCUGCCGCAGACGGAGCUGAAGCUUGCUAUGGGCUCUGCGUCGGCGCUGAUCAAGUAUCUCGGCGUCUUGACAGACCCGACGAAUUUCGGCCAGUACCAGCUUUAUCAGCAUGAUCUGUCACAGUAUAUGAAACUGGAUGCUGCUGCGCUUCGGGCGCUGAAUCUGAUGCCUGGUCCACGGGAUGGUGCUAAGAGCAUGAGUCUGUUUGGCUUGCUGAAUCAUUGCAAGACCCCCGUCGGCAGCCGUCUCUUGGCGCAGUGGUUGAAGCAGCCUCUUAUGGACCUCGCGGCUAUUGAGCAGCGACAGCAGCUUGUGGAAGCGUUUGUUGUCAAUACGGAAUUACGCCAGACCAUGCAGGAAGAGCACUUGCGUUCGAUCCCGGAUCUUUACCGGCUUGCCAAGCGUUUCCAACGGAAAUUGGCCAAUCUGGAGGAUGUUGUCCGAGUAUAUCAAGUCGCUAUUCGACUGCCAGGAUUCGUCAAUGCCCUGGGAGAUGUUAUGGAUGAACAGUACCAGGCCCCGCUCGAGAAAGAGUAUACAUCCAAGCUUGGAGCUCACUCUGACAGCUUAGCAAAACUGGAAGAAAUGGUUGAAACGACUGUGGACCUAGAUGCGCUGGAGAACCAUGAAUUUAUCAUCAAACCUGAGUUUGACGAGGGCCUCCGGGUCAUUCGCAAGAAGCUUGACAAGAUGAGGUACGACAUGGAUAUGGAACAUCGCCGUGUUUCCAAAGACUUGAACCAGGACAUGGAGAAGAAGCUCUUCAUGGAGAAUCACCGUGUACAUGGUUGGUGCUUCCGCCUUACUCGUACGGAGGCUGGUUGCAUUCGCAACAAGAAGGGGUACCAGGAGUGCUCGACGCAGAAGAAUGGUGUCUAUUUCACCACGUCGACUAUGCAAUCUCUCCGCCGUGAGCACGACCAGCUGUCUUCCAACUAUAACCGCACUCAGACUGGCCUCGUCAAUGAGGUCGUCAAUGUCGCCGCUUCAUAUUGUCCUGUUCUGGAACAGCUCGCUGGGGUGCUAGCUCAUCUGGAUGUCAUCGUCAGCUUUGCGCAUGCGUCUGUUCAUGCCCCCGCGGGAUAUGUUCGUCCAAAAAUGCACCCCCGGGGAACAGGCAAUACCGUACUAAAAGAGGCGCGCCAUCCCUGCAUGGAGAUGCAAGAUGAUAUUUCUUUUAUCACCAAUGAUGUUUCUUUGAUUCGAGACGAGUCCUCUUUCCUCAUCAUUACCGGUCCGAACAUGGGCGGCAAAUCGACCUAUAUUCGACAAAUCGGUGUGAUCGCCCUAAUGGCGCAAACAGGCUGCUUCGUCCCCUGCACAGAAGCAGAGUUGACAAUCUUCGACUGCAUUCUCGCCCGAGUCGGUGCCAGUGACUCUCAACUGAAGGGUGUUUCCACAUUCAUGGCUGAGAUGAUCGAAACGGCCAACAUUCUCAAGUCUGCCACCUCUGAGUCUUUGAUUAUCAUUGACGAGCUCGGUCGUGGAACGAGCACCUAUGACGGAUUUGGCCUUGCCUGGGCUAUUUCAGAACACAUUGUGACGGAAAUUCGCUGCUUUGGUCUUUUCGCCACACACUUCCACGAACUGACUGCUCUGGCGGACCGCUAUCCGAAAUCCGUCCAGAACCUGCACGUCGUGGCUUUCAUCGGCGAUGGCACUGAGCCCGAGGCUGAUGCGGACGCUGAGACGAAGAAGAAGCGCCAGGUCACUUUGCUCUACCGCGUGGAGCCCGGUAUCUGCGAUCAAUCGUUCGGGAUUCAUGUCGCAGAGCUUGUCCGCUUCCCAGAUAAAGUCGUCAACAUGGCCCGUCAGAAGGCCGAUGAGCUCGAGGACUUCACAACUUCCACUGGGGAAGGUGCUGAACAACAGCAGCCGACUCCUUCGCUCGAGAAGUACUCCCAGGAGGAGGUCGAGGAAGGCAGUGCUCUCCUUAAAGACAUGUUAGUGAAGUGGAAGGCACAGAUUGAAGGUAAAGAGCUCUCGUCUGAGCAGAAGCGCCAGAUUAUGCGCGAUCUUGUUAAGGGCGAUGAAAAAUUACAAGCGAAUAAAGUGUUCCAGGGUAUCAAGGCUCUGUAA